CGAUGAUGUGACCUCUUUUGGCCAAACCUUCCCCUGCCAAAGCGGGGAGGAACGCUGCAAACCCUCCGUUUUGCGAGACUUCUCCGAAAGCCUAUUCCCAUCAACCCCUCCUUUCUAAGAGGCCCAUACGUCGUCAAAACGCGUUCCGGCCCUCAAACCACCUACCCAAACCGAAAUAAUUUCAAUCGGCUCAGACAUAGACAACAAGGUGUUACUCUGGAAUAAUAAUUCAUACAUAAGUCAAGAUGGAUAGCAUGAUUUCGACGACUGGUGGUCACACCUCGAGCACUGAGGGGAAGACAAUUACCUGCAAGGCUGCUGUUGCGUGGGAAGCUGGAAAGCAAUUGACACUUGAGGAUAUCGAAGUUGCCCCACCUAAGGCCCACGAAGUCAGAAUCGAGAUCUACUACACUGGUGUCUGCCACACAGAUGCGUACACACUUUCUGGAAAGGACCCUGAGGGAGCAUUUCCCAUCGUUCUCGGACAUGAGGGUGCUGGUAUCGUAGAGUCUGUUGGAGAGGGUGUUACAUCCGUCAAGCCAGGAGACUAUGUCGUUGCACUCUACACCCCAGAAUGCAAAGAGUGCAAGUUCUGCAAAUCCGGCAAGACAAAUCUUUGCGGCAAGAUUCGCGCCACCCAAGGACGAGGUGUUAUGCCUGAUGGAACCUCUCGAUUCAAGUGCCGCGGCAAGGAUCUCCUCCAUUUCAUGGGCACAUCUACUUUCUCUCAAUAUACUGUCGUAGCGGACAUCUCUGUCGUGGCGAUCACGAAGGAUGCUCCCAUGGACAGAACAUGUCUCUUGGGAUGCGGUAUCACUACUGGCUAUGGUGCUGCUGUUGAGACUGCCAAGGUAGAGGAGGGAAGCACUGUUGCUGUCUUCGGAGCUGGUUGUGUCGGUCUCUCUGUCGUUCAAGGAGCCGUACAGAGAAAAGCUGGAAAGAUCAUCGUCGUUGAUCUCAAUCCAUCGAAGAAGGAAUGGGCCGAGAAAUUUGGUGCUACCGAUUUCGUUAACCCAGGUGAACUAAAGAACCAAUCGAUCGUGGAAAAAUUGAUCGAGAUGACUGAUGGCGGAUGCGAUUAUACCUUCGAUUGCACUGGCAACGUUGGUGUGAUGAGAGCCGCUCUCGAGGCUUGCCACAAGGGUUGGGGACAGAGUAUUGUCAUUGGGGUUGCUGCUGCAGGACAAGAGAUUUCUACACGACCGUUCCAACUUGUUACUGGUCGUGUUUGGAAGGGCUGUGCGUUUGGUGGAAUCAAAGGUCGUACUCAACUUCCUGACUUGGUGGAUGAUUAUAUGAAGGGCAAGUUGAAGGUCGAUGAGUUUAUCACUCAUAGAAAGCAUUUGCAGGAUAUUAACCAGGCCUUUGAUGUUAUGAAGCAGGGCGACUGCAUUCGUUGCGUUGUAACUAUGAGGGAUGCUUAAGUUUGGGGAAG